GCGAUUGUUCCUGUUCUCUUUCUUAAGUCACAUCAAAUGCUGUCCGUGGACGGGUGGCUCAUUGUCAGGACAGCAGCAGGCCAGAGAGAUCGUUACAGGAGCUGGAAUACAGCCUAACACAGCUACUGCACUACCACUGGACAGAGAGGUUAAGCCUACACUGAGCUACACUGAGCUGGUAAAUGAUGGACACAGACAUUCUAGGUUUCAGACCAGACAGGAGGAGUCCUCAUAGGGAAGACCUGAGACCUGUCUCUCACCACAGUCUUUAUCUGAGCCCACCUCCACUCUACCUGAACCCGACCAAACUCUCCCUCUUCCCGACCAGAGAGGCCUACAGCCCCCUGACUCACCAUCGGCCCCUGGGCUCUGAGGGCAUGCAUUACACCCAGAGGGAAGGUUCCCAAAAACGCAAAAGGAGGCCACAAAAAAUGGAGGGUUCCGAAUCCCCUACAGGAGACAUGGAGGAGGUGGAGCGUCGAGGCAACACCAGGACUGUCGAUCUCUCCCACCUUCCGUUCUCCCUCCCUCCUCGCCCACGUCUCCCUCCCUCUCCCAUGCCCAUUCCAGGUAUGAUCGACCUGAGCCGGCUCCAGCUGCACCACAGGGCUAUGUCCAGAUAUGAGCCAACUAUGGGCCUCCCAUUGCAGGUGAAACAGGAACCACUUAGCCCCUCACCUUUGUGGCCUCCCUCUCCUCUCCUCCAUCACCACCCUCCUCCCCUAUUCUUCCCCCCUCUCCACACCAGCCUCCUCCCCUUCCCCUUCUUCAUGCCUGGGCCCAUCAUGCACCUCUCUCCUGGAGCCUUCUACCCCAGAGAGGCACUACGACCUAGUCGGCGCAGCCCAGAUGGAGGGCCCCGAGGUGGGAUGACCAGCGCUGAGAAGCUGGGUCUCAACAUCCGCAUUGACGACAGCUACCACGUAGAUGUAGGAGGAAACCAGAAGCGUUGGAAGUGCCGUACGUGUGAGAAGUCAUACACAUCCAAGUAUAACCUGGUGACACACAUCCUGGGCCACAGCGGUAUCAAGCCUCACAGCUGCCAUCUGUGUGGGAAUCGGUUCAAGCAGCUGAGCCACCUGCACACUCACCUGCUCACCCACCAGGGCACACGGCCACACAAGUGCCAGGUGUGCCACAAGGCCUUCACCCAGACCAGCCACCUGAAGAGACAUAUGAUGCAGCAUAGUGACGUGAAGCCGUACAGUUGUGGGGUGUGUGGGAGGGGUUUUGCCUACCCUAGUGAGCUGCGGGCCCAUGAGCUGAAGCAUGAGAAAGGCCAGGAGAACGUGUGUGUGGAGUGUGGUUUGGACUUCCCCACUCUGGCCCAGCUCAAGAGACACCUGACGGCCCACAGAGGACCCACCCUUUACAGGUGUAGUGAGUGCCAGAAGAGCUUCCAGUACCCCAGCCAGCUGCAGAACCACAUGAUGAAGCACAAAGACAUCCGGCCAUACAUCUGCAGCGAGUGUGGCAUGGAGUUUAUACAGUCCCAUCACCUCAAACAGCACACACUCACACAUAAGUACUACAUGGUGAAGCCAGGACAAAGAGCAGAUCUCCUCAAAAACCUUGAGCCCAGCAAACAGACAAAUGACACUUUAGAGAGAGAUGGGGUGAAGGAGCACAAGUGUCGUAUCUGUGGUCGGGAGUUCACCCUCUUGGCAAAUAUGAAGCGCCACGUCUUGAUCCAUACUAACAUCAGGUCUUACCAGUGUCACCUCUGCUUCAAGAGCUUUGUCCAGAAACAGACCCUCAAGGCCCACAUGAUCGUCCACUCUGACAUUAAACCCUACAAAUGCAAGCUGUGUGGGAAGGAGUUCAACAGAAUGCAUAACCUGAUGGGCCAUAUGCACCUGCACUCUGACAGCAGGCCCUUCAAGUGCCGCUACUGCCCCAGCAAGUUCACUCUGAAGGGGAAUCUCACCCGCCAUAUGAAGGUCAAACACGGGAUCAUGGACAUGGGCCUAAAUGCAAGAGUGUUCAGGCGGCGGGGGCGGUUCUGCUUGUCGGCCCCUCUGGGUCUUCGGACCCGCUCCAGCCAGGAAGAGCCUUUUGACCUCUCUCAGAAGCCCCGGCCGCCGCGGCCCAGCCUGCGCCUCUCCCAGUCGGACGGGGAGAGCGUCCCGGGGAGCUCCUGCCAGGAGGAGGAUGAGGAAGACAGCCUGUACAGGAGGAGCCAGUACAGCCCCGAGGUCUACCAACACCACACUGGGGGACAGGGGUACAGGUCUGAUACAGAUAGACAGGUGUAUGGACAGGACAUGGAAACAGGUGAACAGGUGUACCCGCCUAGGGCAGGUGAAGAGGUUAAUCAGCCUGUGUCAGAUCCAGGUGUUGCAGAGGAACAGGUGUACCAGCGUGUGACAGGUAGACAGGUGUAUGACUCCGACUCCGAGCCGGGGGGCCAGCUGUAUGAACAAGAGGCAGGUGGACACCACAUCGGUGACAAUGUGCGUUACCCUGGGUCAGGUAAUACAGGUAAACAUGUGUACCACUCAGAUUCAGAGUUAGAUGACCAGUUGUAUAAGCCUGACCCUGACCAGCUAGAGAUAGGUGACCAGGUUUUCCAUUCUGACGCAGGUGAAGAGAUGAUGGACACACCUGAGCCAUGUGAAAGAGACUACCACUCAGACCCAGGUGUUUAUUAUCAGAAACCAUAGGGCCUGAUAAGGAGAAAGAAUAGGACAUGGUGAGAGCUGGAAGCAGGGUAAAGGAAGAACAGAGGAAGAAGCAUAGACAUUCUCCCCACCCCUUCCAAAAGGGGUGGGGAGAUAAGAAUAAGCUGUGAAGCGUAUUGUAUUUCAGACUGAUAGGACUGACAAUACUUGUGCAUGUGAAAAUAUGUGUCUUUAAGAAAAUAUUAGGCUUACAUUUGCAUGAAAUUAUGAUGUAAAUAUAAUGAAAAUUGUUAAGAAAAUAUGAAAAUAUUUUGCCCUAAAUUGUUAUUUUUUAACUAGUACUUUUAUAAAGCCAAUCUGUAAUGAAUGAGCACGGGAUUUCAAUGGGAUAAUAAUCAUUUCUCUUUUGUAAUGGUAGUUUUAAAUGAUUUUCUACUGAAAGUUUUCAUCAGUCUGUAAAUUGUGUUGUUUUGUUGUGUGGUGUAAUGAGUCAACAACAGUUUAGGGAAGCCAUGAUUUUGUGAUUUCUUGUAAACACUUGAGUGACUGACUUUGAAAUAAAUGAGUGUCUGUAA